AUGAUGAUGUAUAGUUAUAGACAUGGUUUUUCUGGAUUUGCUGCUAAGCUCACUAAUUCUCAAGCCAAACAAAUUGGAGAAUUACCUGACGUGGUUCGAGUUAUAAAAAAUCCUCUUUAUACGACUCAUACGUCAAGGAGUUGGGAUUUUUUGGGUCUUUCUAGAAAUUCUCCCAACAAUCUUCUCAACAAAACAAAUCAGGGUGAUGGAAUGAUUAUUGGCGUUUUAGAUUCAGGUAUAUCGGGAGAAUCGGAAGCUUUUAAUGAUAAUGGGAUGGGUCCAAUUCCAUCUCGAUGGAAAGGAAUUUGUAAAUCUGAAGCAAAUUUCAAUGCCACAAUACAUUGUAACAAAAAAAUAAUUGGUGCUCGUUGGUACAUAAAAGGAUUUAUGGAAGAAAAGGGACUAAGUCAAAGUAUUAUUGAUAAAACUUAUAAUUUAUCAGCAGUAGAUGCAAGUGGACAUGGUUCUCAUUGUGCUUCUACAGCUGCUGGUUCUUAUGUUAAUAAUUUACAAUACUAUGGUCUUAACAUGGGAACAAUAAGAGGAGGAGCACCACUUGCACGAUUAGCUAUUUAUAAGAUAUGUUGGAAAGAAAUGAUGGCAGUAUAUUGUAGUGGUGCUGAUAUUCUUGCUGGUGUUGAUGAUGCUAUAAAAGAUGGAGUUGACAUAAUAUCAGCAUCUAUUGGUGAUAUUUUUAUAAACAUUGCUGAAGUUAAUGAAGAAAGUGUUUUGGGGAUUGGAUCUUAUCAUGCAGUAUCUCAUGGCAUAUCUGUCAUUGCUGCUGGUGGAAAUAGUGGACCUGACUCUAACACAAUUAGUAAUACUGCUCCAUGGGUUAUAACUGUUGCUGCUAGCAAUUCCGAUAGACACAUUGUCACUCCUUUAACACUUGGAAACAACAACACAAUACUAGGUGAUGGACUUUUUAGGGAGCAAAUCUUUGGUCCUUUGAUAACUUUUCAUAAUAUAACAAAGGGUGAACAAGUUAAAUUUAUUGCUAAUGAAGUGAAAGGAAAAGUUCUAUUGGUUUUCUUUCAACAAGAAGAUGAUAUACUUGCGUCUUUGAUAAAUCUAAAGACUAGUGGGGUUUUGGCUAUCAUUGUUUCUAUUCCCCCUUUUGAUGAAAUUACUGACUACAAUCAACUUUUUGGUAUCCCUAUACCAAAUGUUUAUGUUGAUUUGGAGCAAGGAAAUCAAAUAUAUGACUAUUUUCAACGAUCUAAAUCAAAUAACCAGGAUCCUAUGAUUAAAUUGGGUCGAUCUGAAAUACUUGAGGGCCAAGAAGUAGUCCUAAAAGUGCCUAAGUUCUCAUCCAGAGGCCCAAAUGCCUUUGCCCCAGAAAUUUUGAAGCCCGAUAUUGCAGCUCCUGGUGUAAAUAUACUUGCCGCGGUUCGUCCUCAGAAAGGAGACCAUGGAUUCCAACUCAUGUCAGGAACAUCCAUGGCAGCUCCUCAUGUUUCAGGAAUUGUUGCACUCCUUAAAGUUGCACAUCCUGAUUGGUCUCCUGCUGCUAUCAAAUCCGCACUCGUAACUACAGCAUGGAAUGAGGACACAUAUAAAUCUGAAAUAUAUUCAGAAGGAGCAGGAGAUAAAAUUGCUGAUCCAUUUGAUUUUGGAGGUGGAAUUUGUAAUCCAAAUGGAGCAACAGAUCCUGGAUUAGUUUAUGAUAUGGAUAAAAAUGAUUAUUUGAAUUAUCUUUGUAGUUUAGGAUAUAGUAAUGAUAAGAUGCAAAAUGCAACUACACUUUUUUCCAAAACUAAAAAUUCAACUUCAUCAGGCAUUAUAUGUCCUAAUAAAGUACCAUCUAGGUUGAAUUUAAAUCUCCCUUCAAUAUCUAUUCCAAAUCUUAAAAAUUCAGUUACUAUCAAAAGAACUGUUACGAAUGUUGGAAAUGUCAACGCGAUAUACAAAGUAGUGAUUAAACCUCCGAGAAAUACUGUAGUUAAAGUAAGUCCACAUAUUGUGAAGUUCAAUUCGAAAACAAAGAAAAUUUCAUUUGAGGUAAAAAUCACAUCUACUCAUCAAAGAAUGAGUAAAUUUACCUUUGGAAGUUUGGCAUGGAAUGAUGGAAAGCAUUUUGUUAGAAUUCCUAUUGCUGUGAGGAAACAAGUAGAUGUCUAA